AUGGAGCACAAAACUACUAGAAAGAAGCAAGCGAGACGAGGAAAGGAGUGUGCGGCCUCUGAAUGUACGAAUACAGAAUAUUUACGCACUGGAAAAUCGUCUGGCUUGCGAUUUUUUCACUUCCCGAAAAAGCGUUCAUUAAUACAGCGAUGGUGCAACCUUAUCAAGAGACACAACGGUCGAGAUGGGUUCGUAGUUACUUCAAAUACUGUUAUUUGCGAACAGCAUUUUCCUGCUAGUGACAUCUUCAAACGUCCAGGAGGAAGUAGAAGUAGAUUACGUGAUGGUAAGAGUUUAUAUAAGUUGAUUCAGCUAAGUUGUAGCUGCUUUACGUAAACGAGUCCAUUCUCAAAUUAUAAACACAAUGAACUGAUAAAAUAUAUUCAUUUCAGGAGCUGAACCAUCGAUAUUUCGGUGGACGUCUGGUAUCUGUAAACAGAAAAGAGCGUCACCAAAACUACGAAUCCCAAUGUCAGUCAAUUCGACAGACACCACAACUUCAAAAGUGACAACAACCGAACCAACAACCACCACAACUUCAAAAGGGACAACAACCGAACCAACAACCACCACAUCAACAUGUAAUACGACUGUAAAUAUGGGCUACGAAACCUUUCAGAAUUCGAAUGAACCGGAGGACCAGGAAGUGUUUCAUGUUGAAGCAAUUCAUUCAGAAUGCUUGCCUUCACUUAUGGUAACAUAAACCAUAAUUAAUUAACCAUAGUUAAUUAUGCAUAAACCUUAGAAAGUUGUCCUAAAAUAACCAUAAAGCUUGCAUCUUUGUGCUGCAAUGUUCUUUAAUGUACAUGGCAAACAACCUACGUUAUCACAUGAAAAAGCUAGUUUGUGUAAAUAGGUUGAAACCAGUUUAAUUUUGAUUUCAUAUUUUUUUUAGUGUGAUGUGUCAACCCAAACUGAUAUCUCAUGGCCUCUGCUGUCCAACUGUGCACCUAUUUCUCAUGACCAUAACUAUGCAUUUGAACUGAAUAAGUCACCAAACAACAGCACUGAGUACAUAUUGACUAUGGAAGAAAGGUUACAAGUACAGACUGAGAUGGUUGAUAAUCUACAAAAGAAAGUUGGCAACCUACAACAAGAACUAGAGGAGUACAAAGAUCGUGAAUUUAAACUGGAUAAUUUUAAAGAUGACAAUGAUGCAAUUACAUUUUACACUGGCUUUCCAAGCUAUGAGACUUUAAUAGGAUUUUAUGAAUAUUUCAAAGAAAAACUUGCAAAGCUGCAAUACUGGAAUAAAUGCAAUGCACCAGAUUCAUAUGCGUAUCAAGAAGAGGGAAGAAGAAAGCCUGGGCCAAAGCGAAAACUUUCACCACUUACUGAAUUUUUUAUGGUUUUGGUAAGAUUGAAAGUUGGUCUCUUUGUUAAGGAUAUUGCAAGUAGGUUUGGAAUAUCUCCUGGACAAUAUUCCAGAAUAUUUUGUACCUGGGUGAACUUUCUAAAGCUAGAAUUGCAGUUGGUAUUUCCCUUUCCUUCACAGUAUCUUGUAAGGAAGAACAUGCCUGAUCAGUUUAGAUUGUAUCCAACUACUCGUAUCAUUCUUGAUUGCACUGAGCUUUAUGUUGAAGUUCCAUCUUCAAUGCUUGCACAGUCACAGACAUGGUCCAACUACAAGCAUCAUAACACUUUCAAAGUAUUAGUAGGAAUAUCACCAAAUGGUCAAGUGACAUUUGUGUCAAAGCUAUGGGGUGGCCAUGUUUCUGACAAGGAAAUCACACAACAAUCAGGAGUGAUGCACUUAUUAGAACCUGGGGACAAUGUAAUGGCUGACAGAGGAUUUGAUAUUGGUGGUAUUUUGCCACCAGGCUGUCACCUGAAUAUCCCACCUUUUAAGGGCAUCAGAGACCAGCUGACAGCUGAUGAAGUCCAGGAAACAGCCCGCAUUGCAUCAGUGAGGAUACAUGUUGAGCGUGCUAUUGGUCGCAUAAAAGAACUAUCAUAUUCUAGAAGGUACUUUACCUUUGAGUUUAGCACACGUAGCCGAUCAAAUAUUUUUUGUAUGUGCUUAUCUUACUAA